AUGAACGGACAGUUCGAGGAAGACAUCUACGACCGGGGAGAGAGGAAGAGCAGCAAGUCCCCGACGCUGCUGUCGUCUUACUGCAUCGAGAGCAUUCUGGGCCGCCGCAGCCCCUGUAAGGUCCGGCUGGUCGGAGCGCAGAGUUUGACGGGUCUGCCCGGCAGAGGAGAGCUGGACAAGACGGCGGACGGGCCAACUAAAGACCCCCCCCUGUCUCUCAGCGCGGACAUCCACCUGCCACCGAAGCUCCGCCGGCUCUACGGGCCCGGGGGCAAGUACCUGCACGACCAGGCGGCCAAGCUGGACCGGGAGCGGCUGCUGCUGGAGCAGGCCAGCGACAGCCUCAAGAUCAGCCAGGCGCCCCAGGUGAGCAUCAGCCGCAGCAAGUCCUACCGGGAGAACGCGUCCCUGAGCCGGGGAGAGGGCGAGCACAGCCCCGCGGAGGGCUCGGAGGACGGCAGCCUGGUGGAGCUCGGCCCGCUGAAGUUCGAGGAGGACGCGGCGGGGAAGGAGGAGGAGAGCUGCGCGGACGCGGCCAGGCUGUCCCCGAAGGACGAGGAGAGGGAGAGCUUGAACGCCGGGGAUGGGGACGUGAGGGACGGGGAGGACAGCGUGUGUCUGUCGGCGGGCAGCGACUCGGAGGAGGGGAUGCUGAAACGGAAGCAGAGAAGAUACAGGACUACGUUCACCAGUUACCAGCUGGAGGAGCUGGAGAGAGCUUUCCAGAAGACACACUACCCCGACGUGUUCACCAGAGAGGAGCUCGCAAUGCGCCUGGAUCUCACCGAGGCCCGCGUCCAAGUGUGGUUCCAGAACCGCAGGGCCAAGUGGAGGAAACGUGAGAAGGCCGGGGUGCAGGCCCACCCGUCGGGCCUGCCCUUCCCAGGCUCCCUGACUGGGGGUCACCCUCUCAGCCACUACCUGGACGGAGGCCCCUUUCCCCCCCAUCCCCACCCGGCCCUGGAGUCCGCCUGGACGGCUGCUGCAGCAGCGGCCGCGGCUUUCCCGGGCCUGGCCCCCCCGCCACACAAUGGCGCCGCCCCACCCCUGGCCACCCAGCUCGGCCUGGGCACUUUCCUGGGCACGGCUGCAAUGUUUCGCCACCCUGCCUUCAUCGGACCCACUUUUGGCAGGCUCUUCUCCAGUAUGGGUCCCCUGACCAGUGCUUCCACCGCUGCAGCCCUCCUCCGCCAGCCCGCCCCUCCCGUGGAGAACCCCUCCCACGCCGGGCCCGUCCUCCCCGACCCUUCCACUUCCUCCUCUUCAUCCUCCUCCUCUUCCUCAGCGGACCGCCGGGCCUCCAGUAUCGCUGCGCUGCGCCUCAAGGCCAAGGAACACUCGGCUCAGCUCACCCAGCUUAACAUCCUGCCCGCCGGAGCCUCGGGGAAGGAGGUGUGCUGA